AUGUUAGGAGCGGGUCGUCCCAACACGGGCCGGAUACAUCUGCGAAGCCGCAAGGCGGAACCAGUCGCAGUUGAGAAGGGGCAAAACCUUUGCCGGUCAAACUCUGACGAUGAUGUUUCCCCGGCAGUUGAGCGCGACAUCUAUAACAUUGGGACCAGUCCAGGGGCAGCGGUCGACCCUGCUGUGGCUGACCUCCGUAUUCUCGACACGCCAGACGCCAACACCAGAAAAAGGAAGCAGUUGCCAAACGGGGCAAUGGAAGAAUCAGCGAUGGGUAAUUCCCGGCGAAACCCUAAGCGAAAGGCAACAGAAGCCGCCGCUACUGCAACGAGUGCCGUCGCAACUCGAGAAGCUAGGCAAUCGAACAUCUUACUCCGGGAAGCAUUGGAACCCAUCAGCAAAGACGAGCUCCAGGAGUGGGAAGGUUGGUGCGAGGUGGAGUCGGAACCGGCGUUCUUCAACGCCAUUAUCCGAGAGAUGGGCGUGAAAGAUGUGAAGGUCCAAGAGGUCUUUUCCGUUGACGAAGACUACGUCGCAACUAUGCCCCAGCCCGUGUAUGGGUUCAUCUUUCUAUACCAAUACUUCUCGGAGAAUUACGAGGACGACGAAGUGGUUGACGGGCGAGAUCUCUGGUUCGCCAAUCAGACGACGGACAACGCGUGUGCCACGGUUGCCCUGACCAACAUCUUGAUGAAUAGCGCCGGGGUCGAACUCGGCACGAAGCUUCAGGAGUUCAAGGACGCCACGAGUCAUCUCAGUACACCGCUCCGCGGUCAUGCCCUCAGCUCCAACACGUUCAUACGCUCUGUACAUAACUCUUUCACCCGCAGAAUGGACCACCUAAAUGCAGAUCUCUUUCUUGAAAACGAAGCCAGCGAGUCGAAGAAAAAGCAGCGCAGGGGGCCGGCCAAGGCCAGGAAGACAAAGAAGCAGAAGGUCAACUCCGAAUCGGGAUACCACUUCAUCGCCUACGUUCCAGCUAAUGGCUCGGUGUGGGAGCUUGACGGCCUCAAAACUCGACCGGUUUGUCUUGGACCACUGGAAGACGGCGUCCACUGGACAAACCUGGUUCGUCCCGACAUCCAGGCGCGCAUGCUUCAAUUCGAAGAAAGCGCACUCUCUUUCAAUCUCCUGGCCCUCUGCAAGAAUCCCCUCGCCCUCAUAUCUGGGAAACUUGCGAGCACAAUUCGGUCCUUUGAAGUACUUAACAGUCGCACCAAACACCUCGCCGAAUGGGAGACUUUAGUUGCUGGCAACGACCAACCAUUGAGGGCCGACGAGAAAGAUCGUCUUGCUGGGUUUGGGAUCGAGCGAGAAGAUAUCGAACGAGCAGCCAUGAAUUCAAACCUAGAGAGGAAGCUCAACAACCCUUCUAUGGAGGCAAUGGAGCUUUUCGAGGUCUAUAGUGAUUUGGUUAUGACGCAGAAGUCUUUGAUGGGGGAAUAUAACGGGGAGAUCGCCUUCAUGAAGGAAGACGAAGAUCGCGUACAUGGACGGCAGAAGGAUCACACGCUAGCGAUCCACCAAUGGGUGCAAAAGCUUGCGGACCAUGGAGUUCUUGCCGACUGGGCUGCUAAUCUGUGA